GCCGAUCGGGCACGCGCGCGCGCGGUCACGCAGAGCGACAUCUGUUGAGCGCGCGAGCUCUGUCCAACCCUGCUCCACCCAACCGACAAGUGGCGGAAACCAUCGAACGCAGCCGAACCCAGCCGAACGUUUCAGAUCCGAAAAUAACGCAAGAACAGCGAGAGAUUUUCCAGAUAUUUGACAGUUUUAUUUCGAUCUACCUUCGUUAAGGCACACAGUAGUGAUGACUGCUCUUAGCAGCUGGGAGGUGUGCGUCAAGUACGCCCUCUUCAUCUUUAAUUUCGUCUUCUGGCUAGCAGGUACCGGGGUGCUGGCUGUGGGCCUUUGGCUGCGUUUUGACUCCAGGACCAAGGGACUGUUUCAAGGCGAUGACUCGCCUACAGUCUUCUUCACCGGCGUGUACAUCCUGGUUGCGGCGGGCGCUCUAAUGAUGAUCGUGGGCUUCCUGGGAUGCUGCGGCGCCAUUAAAGAGUCGCCGUGCAUGCUGGGAUUGUUCUUCCUCUUCCUGCUCCUCAUCUUCGCUGUGGAAGUGGCUGCUGGGAUCUGGGGUCUCUCCAACAAGGACAGGGUGGUGGACGACGUCACAGAGUUCUACAAGCAGACUUACGACAACUACAAAAACACCAGACAGGAAGCGCUGAAGGAGACGCUGCGUCUCAUCCACUAUGGACUCAACUGCUGCGGUCCCGCGGGGACGGUGUUUGAUGCCGCCAAAGAUAUCUGCCCCAAGCAGGAAGGACUGGAGAUCCUCGUCACCACGACCUGUCCAGCCGUCAUCGACCAGAUGUUCAACAACAAGCUGCACAUCAUCGGGGGGGUCGGCAUCGGUAUCGGUGUCAUCAUGAUCUUCGGCAUGAUCUUCAGCAUGAUGCUCUGCUGUGCCAUCAAGAGGUCCAGGGACUUCGUCUGAGCACACCGUCACAACCUCACCUUUUACACUUCCUAUUCGUUUAAUAGUCAUAACAGCCGUUUGGUAGCUUACUGUUCGGGUCCAUACAGGAUGACCACACCUGUGAGCGUAUGGAACCUCGACACGUUUCUUUUCCACUCACGAGUACAAAUGUAACCUCCCUUCAAAGUGAACUGAACUGUUUCCCAACAUGAAGAUUCAACGUCCAGCUCUUCAUCAGAGAUGUGUUGACUCUGCUGCCCUCUGGAGGACAUUACAGAUCACCACUCUUCACUUGUUGGGGAACAUCCGUUCAGUUUGAUGUUGUUCAUCAAGUUUUCGUCAGCCUGUGGUUGGUUUCUAUUCUAACAGGCUUUUUUUGCAGCUGACUAAAUUUUAGUGACUUUAUUUUUUUUGCUCGUUUCUGAAGUUAAAUGUUUUGAUUUGUUUUUUUUUAAAGCUGAACUGUGGAGUUUUAUGCAAAUAUUUUGAUUGACUGAAGUUCAGAUAUAUCUUUAAAAUGCCAAAUAAAUGAACUCAUGAAGAGUGCUUUGUGUUAAACUGAGACAUUGUAACAAUGGUUGUGACUGAUUUUAUUUAACCAAAUUAUUGAUGUUGUCCUUCAGCCAAAAUUAAACAGUUAAUUGUAAAGUU